CCCUCCGUCUCUAAUUGGUCCACUCUGACAGCCUUGCUUGAGUUUCCUCAAUUGAGCAGCGUGAAGUUCAACGCUCGAGACUUUGGAGAGGAAAGCCAUAAUAAUAAGAAUAAUAAUCGUGAUAAUAUUGAUUAUAUUGGUUGAUCAAAGCCGCAGAAGAUCCUGCUGCGCGUAAAGAUCCGGAGGAUCCGAUGCUUCUGCCCCCGCCGCUCGGCAGGUCUGGCCGGUGCUCGCUGGGUUCGGUCGUCGCUGCGUCCGUUGCUCAUCCCGGAGCCUGAAUCCCUCAUGAGGUUUCUGAAGACGCCUGCGUUACCGUAAAGCUGCUCUUCAAACCCCCGGUUGGAGCAAUGACUCGGAUUUUCUGGGAUAUUCUUCUUCUGAUCAGCUCUCUUUUGACUUUUGCUGCGAUGCUGAGCUCCUCAGCAGUCAUUGAAGCCAGUAUUUCCACCAAGCAGAGGCUCACUGCUACUCCAAACGCUGUCAGUAAGAGCUCUGGGACAUCCACUGACGGAAUUGCAGCUGCAACUAACAUCCCUGCAUCUAAUAGUUCCCUCAUAUCGGUUGAAGCAAGUCAGAUGAAUUUAACAACACAUCUGUUGGUUUACAACACCAUCACCACCACCAGCAGCUGGACAGAGACCUCUGCUGCUCCUCCAAACUCCUCCACCAGCACCUCCUCAGCAAACAGCAGCAGAAGCAGCGCCACCAACAAACCGGAUGGAGCCGUCAGCAGCCAUCCUGUGAAGAAGUUUGUGGCUGCAGCUGUUCGGUCUCACUUUGACGACUGUCCUGACUCCCAUCAGCACUUCUGCUUUCACGGCACGUGUCGUUUCCUGAUCCUGGAGGACACGCCUGCUUGUGUGUGUCAUCCGGGUUUCGUUGGGUUGAGAUGUGAGCAUGCAGACCUGCUGGCUGUGGUGGCGACCAACCACCGGCAGCAGACUGUCGCUACUGUGCUGGUGCUGUGCGUGGUUGGCUGUGUUCUGUUCAUGGUGCUGUGUUCUCUCUUACACUGCUGGUGGAGGCAAGACUGCCAAAGGCAAAGCCAUGCACAUCACUAUGUUGGAGAAAAGCCUGGAGCAGCUGGCCAUCCAUCAGAGAGCGUGGUUUGACGAGACAUGUUGUCUGGACGCAUCCCAUGUGCAUCGUUGCAUCUUUCUGAUCUGUGUGGCCCACAAACCUUUGGGAUUGCAUCCACAGUGGUCCGACUGGCCAGAGACCUCGGUCAGUAUGACUGAGGCUGAACUUCUGGAUGUGGAAGGUUAGAUGUUCUCAUUACCACUGGCUGGGACUUUUGGACUUCAACCAUUUUGGGGAACGUGAACUUUGUUUUGUGGACAAACACCCGGAACUGCAACAGUUUGUUCCAACGUCAGAAAAUGAAGAUGCUGCCAAAUCUUCCGUUUAGCAGCUGGCCUCCCGGACACGAGAGGAUCUGUGAGGUCCUUCAUCGUCCUGCACAGCAGCUGAAAAGCCGAGGUGUUUUUGCUAUGGGACAACAACUCAUUUGUGAAUAUCAGAUGGCCACGGUUUUCUAACUUUAUCAUUUUAACAUCAUCUUUGCACAUGUUUCCUUCAAACACUGAACACCAAUGACCUUUCUUUUGGUUGGUUUUUAUUUAGAAAUGAUUUGGUGGGGAAGCAGAGGCUUUAAAAACCUUUCAGCGUCUGUUUUUAAAGGAGAGAUUUUCACUUGAUUGUAGUUCAAAUCGUAAGUGGGGGAUUUACUUGACUUCAGAGAACGGGGAAGAAAAUGUUGAUUCCAGUGUUCUUAUGGAAACGAAGCAUACGUCAGUUUUGUUUUUUAAAAUUCCUGAGCUGUAUUUAAAAGAAAAAUAACUUGUGCAUUGGAGGCUUUGGAUUUGCACAUUCUAGGUGGUCACUUUUUUUUCCUUUUUAUUGAAGCACAUUUUAAACAAAACAAAUUUACUUGAUGAAGGUAAAAAAAGCUUGGUGUUCCUUUUGAAUGUCUAUUUUAAGAAUCAUCACUAACUGCAUAUGUUAUCACUUGGAGGAAAGCAUUCAUGUGUGCUUGACGCCAAACGCACUUGUUUGUAAAAGCCUGAACGAGCACUGAGGUGAAGGGUCACGUCCACCUGAGCACGCACGCCACUCCAUUUUUAAAGCAACACGGAGCAGAAGGUUCCUCUGCUUUGUAUUUAAAAUGUUCUUAAAACGGCAAAGCCUCUGAUUUCUUAAAAAAAUGGUGAAGGAACUUUGUGUAAUUAAAAACUGACAGACAUUUGGAAUAUACUCUUUGUGGUGUUGGGAAGAAAAAACGUUUUCUCUGCCAAAAAUAUUUCUGUAAGGUUUAUUGCACUUGUCUCUGUUUACAUGAUCUGAUGUUCUUUUGUGCAAAUCCUGUGUGUUGAUGUGUUAAAAAAUAUGCCUGCAUGUGGUCAGACCUGAGUAUCUGGACAGCAUCAGUUCUCAGUCUUUGCUUUACAAUGAGAGAUGAAAAGUUGUCAGUCUCUGCUCUUGUGUGCUCAGUAACUGCUCCUUCUCCUUGAAUUAGACUCUCUGUUUGUAGAAUGGCUUCAUUUUAAUCCUUCUCUUCAAAUGCUUCUCUUCUUCUUGUCUCUUGCCGUAUAUUUUCAAGAGGCAGAGAUCUCAAUGUGAAGCCCUUCAACUUUGGCACAGAGUGCUUCCAUAGCCAAAUGUUUGAGUUUUUUCCAUUCAAAAUGAUCUAUCUUUAUAAGCCCUGAAACAUGUAUUUUGUAUAAAUACAUCACCCAGUGGGUUCUGCUUUCCUGACCGCCUUUCGGACCCUCCGCUCCUCUCUGUCUGCUAGAGGAGCUUCAUUUCAACAUCCCGUUAUGUGCGCGAUUGGAUUUCUGCGGAGCCCUUUAGAGCCGGCUGGCUAAGCUGCUCAACCAGCUUUGAAUUAAGCAGCUCUAGAAGAUGCAUCUGUGAUGGGGCACUACAGGCUUUGAUGGACAAUGCUGUGACGUUUAAAAUAAGACCUGACAGUCUGUCAAAUCGAGGAGCCAGUUUCUAUUCUGAUUGUUUUACCAAAGAGAUCUUGAUUAUUUGGAGCAGAUUGUAGUAAAUAAAAGUACUUAGUGGUAUCGGGGUUAAGCAAUCCUUCCCUGUUCUUACUGCUCCGUACUGAAACAAAUGAUUAGGUCAGAUUAAAGCUGAGAGGCUUUGGUUAAAGGGUCAGUUCACCACACCUUCCAGUUAGAAAUGGGAUUUCCCAUGUGAAGUCAUUCUGCCAGCGCGCAGCCACAGACGGCCUCCAGCAUUCAGGACACGACUGCUGCUCUCUUUGAUAAACGCAUCACUGCAGGUUUUCACUUCAUUUGUCUUCAGUUGUCUUUUUUUUCCACCUUCAAAUCUGGGCUUGGAUGUAAAAGUUCUGGUUCAGUUGUUUUAUCUAAGGUUUAGGUAAAAAAAAAUCAAAUAAAAUGGAUACACAAUUCUUUUAUCGA